AUGGGGCCGUUAUUACUUUGCUCUCUGCUAAAAUGCUUACUCUUUGUGAUCCUCCCUCAUUUUCCUACUCAAUUUGUUUCUUCUAUGCAGCGACCUUGUCUGGAUUUUGAACGCUCUGCGUUGUUGCAGUUGAAGGAAAGCUUCAUUCUCAACCAAUCUGCUUCUUCUUAUCCUUUGGCUUAUCUGAAGGUUGGUUCAUGGAAACUUGAAGGACAAGGGGAUUGCUGCUCUUGGGAUGGCGUUGAGUGUGAUGACAACACCGGUCACGUUAUUGGACUUGAUCUAAGCAGCAGCUUUCUUUAUGGUUCUAUCGACUCCAACAGCAGCCUUUUCCACGUCCAUCACCUUAGAAGGCUCAAUCUUUCAGACAAUGACUUCAAUUACUCUAAAAUUCCUUCUGCAAUUGGGAAUCUUUCAAGGCUAUCACAUUUGGACCUCUCUUUUUCCUGCUUUUCGGGUCAAAUUCCUUCACAAGUUCUAGAGCUCCCGAAGUUGGUGAUACUUGAUCUCUCAGCGAAUACUCGAUUAGAACUCCAAAAUCCAAGCCUGAAAAGUCUAGCUGAGAAGCUAGUCAACCUCAAGUAUCUUAAUAUUGAUGAGGUAAACGCAUCUUCAACAAUUCCUCAAAGUUUGGCAAAUUUAUCUUAUUUGACAUAUCUCUCUCUCCGGAAUUGUGAAUUGCGUGGUGAAUUUCCUACUGAAGUUUUUCAACUACCCAAUCUUCAGUAUUUAAGGGUAUCCUACAAUCCAUCUCUCACGGGGCGUUUACCAGAAUUUCACAAAAAUAGUUCCAUCGAAUCAUUGAAACUCACCAAUACAGGUUUCUCUGGUGAGCUACCAAAAUCAAUUGGGAAUCUUAAGUCAUUAUCAUUUUUGAGUGUUGGUGACUGCCAUUUGUCCGGACCAAUUCCCUCAGCCAUGGCUAACCUUAGCCAGCUCAAUUACCUCUCACUUAACCACAAUGGGUUUAGCCCUGGCAAUUUGCCUUGGCUUGGUAAGCUAACAAAACUCACGCAGUUGGAUGUACGAUCUACAAACUCACAUGGUGACAUCCUAUUUUCCCUAAAAAACCUUACCCAGCUUAUUAGUGUUUACCUUUACCAUAAUCAGUUUUCCAACCGAAUCCCAUCAUGGUUAGGAAAUCUUACUCAACUAAAAUAUUUGGACCUGGGUGUAAAUAAAUUUUGGGGUCCGAUUCCAGAAUCAAUCUUUACUCUAGUGAAUCUCAAAUAUCUUGCUUUAGAUUAUAAUCACCUGAGCGGCACCAUCAAGUUUGAAUCCUUUCUAAAUCUUAAAAAUCUCAAGAAACUCCAACUGUCUGGUAAUAAUUUUUCAUUACUCACCACCAUAACCUUUAUGAAUGUUACUGUUCCAAAGUUCAAAUUGUUAACAUUGAGUUCAUGCAACUUAUUUGAGUUCCCAGAUUUUCUUUUAGGUCAGGAUGAACUGGCGUAUCUGGAUCUUUCUGGAAACAAAAUCGAUGGGCUUAUCCCCAAAUGGAUAUGGGGCUUUUGUGCCCAAACUCUUGAACUUUUAGACUUGAGUGGAAACUUUCUUACAGGUUUCCACCAACCUUCGGUUGUUCCUCCAUGGACCAAUCUAAGAUUUUUGGACCUUCGUUUUAACAAGCUACGAGGAUCCCUUCCAAUUCCAUCCGCUUCCAUUUACCAACACUUCGUCUCAAACAACUUACUGUCAGGAGAAGUCUCAUCAAUGAUCUGCAAUCUGACUUUUAUAACUAUUCUUGACUUGUCAAAUAACAGCUUUAGCGGCAUGCUUCCACCAUGUUUGGACAAUCUAAGCAAGUCAGUUUGGGUACUGAAUCUACGAAACAACUUUUUUCGAGGGCCUAUUCCUGCAGUAUGUGAAAAAGGAAGCAAAUUGAGGAUGAUUGACCUUAGCCAAAACCAGUUGAAUGGACAUAUCCCAAGAUCACUGGUUAAUUGUACAAUGCUAGAGAUUCUUAAUUUGGGAAAUAAUCAAAUAGAGGGUACAUUUCCCUCUUCGUUGGGAAAGCUUCCAGAGUUAAAGGUUCUCACACUAAGGCAUAAUGGAUUUCAUGGUGCCAAUUGGAAAACCAAAAACCAAAGAGUUUCCCAAGUUGCGAAUCUUUGA